AUGGAUAUCGACGCCGACGACAAAACCACAGUGAGCUCUGGUCUCGACUCUGACUGGUCUACUUGAUUACUGAACCUGCUCAUCAUCCCCGUCUACUAGCUCGCUACAACAUCGUCGGCAAAGGCGACCUCAUCAUCGACACCGCAUCGGCAAGGCGUUGAUCACUUCUCUCGACUACCCCCGGAACUGCAGCGGUGCAUCUUCUUCCUCGUCCGGAACGAGAUCAACGAGGCUGAUCACUGCCUACGUCGGCCGAUUUGCAAGGCCCUGCUCGCACAGCAACGAGCUGCCUUGUACCAUUCGAUCGACUUGCGCAGCUGGGCUCAGUUCGAGGCGCUCUUCUACACGACCUUGACGACUUCCCCCGGUUUAGGAGGAUUGAUCAGCUCACUCAAGAUUAACCCUACGGCGAGGUACCUCGAGCUGAAGGAGAAUUACGAAGGCGUCAUGUGGGGUAACUCGGACCGAACGGAGUUGGAGGAUGUGGAGAUCUAUCGCGAGAGUGUUCCAACGCUGCGACAGCACGAGGUCUUGGCAGGAUUCAAGGCGAUGACUUGGUUAAAAGAUCUUUCUUGGGUCGGGGACACCGGCGAAGAAGAGGAGGGGGAGGGGGAGAACGAUGAGGCGUAUGGAGACGAUCUCGGCGUCGAGGGGGAGGACGACGAUCGACGCGACGACUUCACCGUUGGCGACAAGAACGACGACGACGACGCCGACGCCGAGGACCCAUCCGAUCUAUUGACCAUCAUCCUCUCCGACGAGUUCGCACGGUCCUGCGUGCCGAGCCUAUACCGAUUUCGAAUUAUCUUUCCUGCGGGGUCUCGUGUGACGUCUCGACAACUGGCCCGACUGGCCCCGCAUCCGAGUCUGCAAGACCUCGCCUUCUUCAUCCCGCCUUCGAAAGAAGAAGAAACCGAAUGGGACCUCAACGUUACGACGCACCCAGAAUUCAGUUUACCGGGAAUCAGAAAAGUCACGAUCGCGGGCAAUUUUUCAUCUUCGCGCUUGCUCGGCUUUGUGGCAUGCUUUACCCACGCCGAGAAGAUCUACCUCUGCCCCGAGCGGGGGGACCAGAAUUUGGUACCUUACAUCCGGUCACUUUCCACCCAACUCUGCGACCUGGCGAUCGUCUGUAGCCAGUACAUGGCCUGGGACUAUCGGUCUGUCGACGUCUUUGACGAAACUCUGGCCCGCUUCACGCGCUUACGACACCUCUCGCUCGAAGGCACGGUGCAACUUACCCCCGUCUUUUGGGAGUCGAUCGUGCAACUGCCCUCGCUCGAGUCGAUUGUAUUCGAAAAAGGCACCGAACCUCGCUAUGAAGACUUGGUCGGCUUUCUCACUUCACCACAACGACCUGCGGGGGUACUGCAGACGCUGGCGCUCAAUCAGUACCGCGCGUUUCGGAUGGGCAGUCGACUCGAAGUAGGCGACUCGCGUCGCAUAAACGAUUACUUUGCACGACUCAACGGUCCUUCCGUGGACGUCGCAACCACAGUGCUCCUCAAAGGAUGGAUCAUGCCCGAAUGGCGGGAGGGGUUCAUUGGAUUCAGAGACGCGGAAAAGCUGUUGGGCUUGAUCGGAGAGACAGGGGUCAGGAUCACGGGGAGUUUCUUCGAUGCGUUGGUCACGACGAGGGUGUUCCUAAUGCUGUGGGAACGCGUGCGGGAAGCCGAACAGAGUGGAGGCACGCUGGCUCAAGGGUUAGAGGCCCUGCCGGACGAGACGGACGAGCAGUGCUUCAAUAGGUAUGGGAUGAUGUACAUCCGAUCCUUGUUGGGUGACAAGGGUUGGGAGCUUAUGCAAAAAAGCUGGUUCGGGUGA